UCGGACAGGGAAUUACACUUGUUGAAGGUGUGUAUGUACACUACGAUGGGCAACAUGGUGGAGAACCAGGUACCGGGGUGCUAUAACUGCGGUGAACCUGGACAUCUGGCCCGGAGGUUGCAUCAAACCUUGUAGGCCUCGAGGUGAUAAUGGCGGAGGACAGAGCACGAUGCCUACAACAACGAGCAACAUCGACUGACAGAUUGUCCUGGCAAGUGGACCGGGCGCAAUCCAGACAACUGAGCGAAACAAAUACCAAGGCGGCCACGGCGGCGGCGGCUAUGGCGGCAGCCACAGCUACAAGAACAACUACAACAAUAACUACAACAAUCUGACAUCGAACAAGGACAUAGCAGACGCAAUACUAGUGAUGCGAGAGUUUUGCGCGACAGUUUUGCACGAGAAAAUAGAAGAAAAGGAGAAACGCGAAGAAGAGGAGGAACGAAGAAAGCAAGAGGGAGAACAAAGAGUAUUGGGAGAAGAGAGAGAGAAACGCGAACAAGAGAAGCAUCGACGAACUGAGGAGCGAGAUGCAAGGUUGGCUCUGCUCAUCGGCUCGAAGUUAGGAAACAAGGACCAAGGGUACCAAGUCAUCGUCGAACAGAUGGCGGAGCAGAACAAACUGUUGAAACAAGCUACUGAUGAAAUGAAGGGGGGAACUGUAAAAAAUUCGAUGAUCAUCAUGGUUGAAGACAUGCGUCGAGAUCUACUACUGCUACACGAGGUCAAACUAGAACACGGUCGGAAGAAACGAGCCAAGGAACCGUGCAUUGACGAAGGAACCGAUAAUAAAUCACCAGCAAACAAGCUACAGAACUUGAAGACACCAGAGCGCGAAGCAAGGCUUGCACAAAAGAUGUUGGAAAUGCAAAUGAAGUACCACGAAGAGAUGAAGGCAAUGAGAGCCCAGAUCAAGAAACUCCAGGUGGCUCAAGCGUCGCAAAUGAACACGUCCGCCCUGGAUACGCCAUCAAUGUCGAGAGGGGUGGGAAGGACCCCCAUGACAAGAAUCUGGACAGUCGGUCCCAACGAGCUGUUUGCCAAAACGACACCAAAUCCGAUCCGACGCGCAGCGAUGAUAUCACGAGUUAUGCGAAGCGGAAGCGAUGGCGAGGAGAUCCGGGAACCGCUUGGAUUCGACAGACUUAUACCUGGGAAAAAAACAGUAGUCGCAGAACCAGGAGAACAAGGAAGGAAGAAGUACGUAGAUGACACAAAACGGUUCUUGAGAACGAAGAAUGUGUCUUUUUUUACUAAGAUGGCGAAAGAUGAAAAAGUGAAAGCGAAGAGCAAUCGAAAGGAGGAUCUCGUCGACGCAUUGACCGAAGCGAGAACAGUUAUCGCAUAUGGAAAAAGAAUGGGAAGCAGCACCAAUCCGAAUCUCCGAGCACAUCAAUCCAGAGGCCCAAGGGAACAAGGAUGAUGAAUGAUGAAGACCACCAGUACUCGUCGUACACGUGAAAGCGAUUCAAGGAGCUGAGCCACGAUCCGUCAAGGGGUCAUGGGCACCGCAAACGAAGGAAGGAAAUCGAGUGUGAAAUGAGACUCCUACUGGUGAAUACGAUCGAAGAAGGACGGAUGUUGUGGCUAAGGAAGUUGUUGCACGGCCCCUCCGGGUGGAGGACACAUGACGAGGCUCCGUUUGCACAACCGGAAUUUUGCGUCUAUGCGUUGAUUUCUCCACGUUUCGAAGCAAUAUACAUCU